AUGUGGCUGUCCCUCUUCGUUCUCCCGGGCCCGCCGUUCGACGUCGUCCGUCGGGAGGUCCUUCCGCUCGCGGCCCGUCUGGCGCGCGGCCAGAGCGUGGCGCUCGCCCCCGCCGCGCUCGCCGCCAUCUACCGCGAUCUCUCCGCGCUCAAACGCUGCAUAACCUCGGACAAGAAAGACGAGCCCUUCGUCGUCUCGGCACCAGCGCACAUCCUCCAGCUCUGGGUCUGGGAGCAUUUCACCCAGCUCCGCCCUGAACCAGCGGCCUCCUCUGCUCGAGGUGAUCGUAACAUACCACGGGCCGCCCGAUGGCAUGAAGUUGGCAAAAGGCUGAGCUCCAAGGACGUCCACGCAGUGUUCAUGUCACCAAAGGAGUUUAAGUGGCGGCCCUAUGGAAAUCGCAGUUUGUUUGGUCUGCAGCCAGAGAUGGGUCGUUUUUGGACUGCAGGAACAAGUGAAGAGCUCUUGUCCUUGAGGCGGUGUUUGCACCCUUGUGAGCUCAUGGGCAUGAACUGCAUUCAGCAGUAUAGUCCUCAUCGUGUUGCAAGGCAGCUCGGCUUCGAUCAGGACAUCCCUGGGACGGUUGCCCGUGCAAGCUCAGGUUGGGAGAAAGCAUGGGAGACAUACAACAUAGAUGCCGAAGGUCCUGCAUUUAUCUUUCCAUAUCACAAGCCCUGUGUGACGGUUCAGUAUGCAAAGUGGUGGAAGCCUUACUCAUCAGUAUGUGAUAGUGCCAUUGCUAAUGCUGCAAAGAUGAAAGAAGGCCAUGAUUUUGUUAGUCCAGCGAAAAGGAAAAUGGAAGGGGUUCUUGCUGAAAAUUCUGGCAAAAAGCUCCGUCUGCCUGUGGCCACUUCUACCCGGGGCCACCCACCCAAUAUUCCAGAGGGAAUUAACGUCUACCCUUCCCAUUCCUCAGGCAGCAAUGCAGCAAUAAGACGAGCUGCGGCAGCACCAGCGCCAGAUGCAGCCGAUGAUCAUCCACUCGAUCACAUUUCUCUUUCUGAUAGGCUCAAUAGCAUUAUUAAGAUGCCUAAGCAGCCCAACACAGAAUGUUUGGUGAUCAGUGAUGAUGACGAGUGUGAUAAAUCAAGCAGCAAGGGACAAGAGGCAACUCGACAGGCUAAAAUUGCUGAGCUGAAGAAAAAGAUUAAUACUCUGAAGGAAGAGAUUCAGGCGCUAGAGGCAACUCCGAAAUGA